AUGAUCUGUUUUCUCCCUAACCUCGUCAACGCCAACGGAGUUCAGGGAGCUGUGGUCGAUCAGGUUAUUGAUCAUAUUAUAUACGCAGGUCAAAGGAUAGGCUUUAAGCAUGUUGGCAUUGGCUCCGAUUUUGAUGGUAUGCUACAAGGUCCAAAAGAUCUGGAUGAUGUGUCCAGAUACCCGCAACUUGUUGGGAAGCUUCUAGACCGUGAGCUCUCAGAGGAUGUCAUUACACAAGUACUUGGCGGUAACAUAAUCAGGGUUCUGGGUGAGGUGGAAGCUGUGUCAAGGGAACUAAAAGGUCAGGUGCCUGUGUUAUCUGAUGAGAUAGAGGAAGUAUGGACAUCAGAGCAAAAGGAUAUACUGACUAGAAUGGGAACAUCAAGGAGUUCUCAGGGUUUUAGCAACUAG